ACGACACGCUACGUAAUCACGUCACUGGCCACGUUACGUAAGUUCCACAGAGCAGGAAGUGUGAUGUGGCUUUGACUCGCCGACAAAAAUGUCAGCUAUUUUCAACUUCCAAUCGCUGCUGACAGUGAUUCUCCUCCUGAUCUGUACCUGUGCCUACAUCCGAGCACUGGCUCCAAGCUUGCUAGACAAGAACAAGACCGGGCUUCUAGGGAUUUUCUGGAAGUGUGCCAGAAUAGGUGAGAGGAAGAGCCCCUGGGUGGCUUGCUGCUGUAUCGUCAUGGCGUUUAGUAUACUGUUUCUGCAGUAGCAGUCCUAAGGAAACCACAAAUGGAAACAUUGGGGAAAUGAACAGACAGCAAGGCACGAACAAUAAGAUCCUAGAAGCACAGCAGGACCUCCGGUGGUUGUCACUUAGGAUGAUUUAAAAACAGAGACUUGUCACCACUCGUCGUGGCCAAGGAGAGAGAGAAUGUGUGUCUGUAGGUGGAGGGGUGAGGCUACAGCCCCAGAGUGUGUCUCGGCCGCUCCACAGACCUCCAGGUCUGUCCUUGUGUUCACUCAUGAUGUGGAAGUUAACUCCAGUUGUACGUGUGAUCAAAUUAUCGUUUGUCAAAACAUUUCAAACUGAUUUUUUUCCUCUUCAAGUUUGUCAGAAUGGCAUCGAUCUUUUGAGAAUCCUACACAAAAAUCCUGGCUUUAUGAAUGUGUGUAACUAUAAAGCAAUUCAUUCAUUCAGAGUUUUGUUUGUUGUAUCUAAAAUGGUGAUGAUAUUCCACAGCAAACAAAAUGGUAUUCUAUCUCUAUUCGUGUCAAAUUGUCCCACAUGUCUCACAGAGAGCCACUGAUGUUUUUAAAGUCAGUCAGUUUGUCACUAUUUAUUAAAGAACCUUUUGGAGAA